AUGGCCCACUCUAAACGCAACACAUCCCUCCCCCACUUCACCUCCUACGAACGAGGCCUCCUCCGCAAUAGCUGGGGCACCAAGCGUGGUGUUAUCGGUCGCGAUUCCUUCCUCCCCUUCGCCUCAUGCCGACUCUGUCUCCAGCCCGCACGAGCUCCGGUCGUCGCCUGCGCCACCAACGGUGACCUCUUCUGCCGCGAAUGCGCGAUCAACGACCUCCUCGCCCAGCGACAGGAAAUCAAACGGCUCGAGAAAGAAAAGGGCGAGGCCCAGAAGCGCAUCGCGGAGGAUGACGAGCGGACACUGGAGGAGGCGCGCGCGAAAGAGCUGCGCGAUUUCGAGCUCGUCAGCAUGGGAUUAGAAGCGGCGGGGAGCAAAAAUAAUAAUGAGAAUCAUAAGAAGCGGAAAGCUGAGGAAACAGAGGCAUUGGCUGCGUUUAAAGCCCGGGAGGUAGAGAUUGAUGGGAAACGGAAGAAGGUGUUCGAGUUGGAUGAGAAAGAGAUGGCCCGCGUGGCUAAAGAGGAACAAGAGCGACUGAAGCAGGAAUUGAAGCGGGAAAAGUCUAGCAAAUCGGCCCUUCCAUCCUUCUGGGUACCAUCUUUAACACCUGGGACUGAUCCCAACGAAAUCGCCGCCAACAAGGCCGUCAAGUUAACACCAAUCUGUCCUGCAUCUACGGAUUCCAACCGCCAUAGCUACUCGCUCAAGUCGCUGGUGGAAGUACACUUUACAGAAGAAAAGGCUACCGAUGGCUCCGUGGCUCGGGUCUGCCCCAGCUGCAAGAAGAACCUGAGCAACGGGCUCAAGGCGAUGCUCACCAAACCCUGCGGCCACAUGAUCUGCCAACCAUGCGUGAACAAGUUCAUGACACCACACGAUGCACCCGACCCUCACGCCUCGAAGGAAGAACAGGAGCAUACCGCUGCCCUUCAUGGCCGAAUACUGUGCUACGUCUGUGAGACUGAUGUCACACCUCGCAACCCGAAAGCUGAGAUUAAGGAGAACGGGAAGAAGUCGAAAAAGAAGGACAAGGAGAAUGGCAUCCAACCUGGUUUGGUGGAGGUCAGUUCUGAGGGAACAGGGUUUGCAGGGCGCGGAGGGAAUGUUGCGACCAAAACUGGGGUGGCGUUUCAAUGUUGA